GCCGCGUGGGCGCACGCUCGGCGCCGCCGGAUUCGUGCCGCCGGUGAGAGGAAGCCGGUGGUCUCUAGGACCCAGCGGAGGGGAGGCGCACGAGCUGUCCCGAAACCCUCCAAACUUUUUCGCAGCCUCUUGCUUUUUCAUUCAGCUCGGGAGCGGAUCCGUCCAGCUCGGAGCGCGCGAGGGAGCGAGCCAGCGCCAGGGAGCGGGAGGAAGGGACAUCCCAGCCCGGGACGGUGCCGCGAUGUGAAAGCCCCCCCCGCUCCUGGAGACGUCCGGCGAGCCCUUCGCAGGAUCCACGCGGGGAUCCUUCUCCUGCUCCCGAAUCUCCCCCGCGGGCCGGCACCGGGGCCGCCCCCCAUGCAGCCGGCCGGAGCGCCGGGCCGGGCCGCGCCGGCCGGGAAUGGGCAGCGCUAGAGCUCCGGGCCUGGGGAAGCGGCCGCGCAGGGAGGAAGCGUUCUCCGGCGGGCAGCGGGCCGGGCCGCCUCUCCGGUCGCUCCUGGGCGCCGCGAGCCGCUAGCGGAGCGGCGACGAUGGAGCGCGGCUUCUGGGGGCUGUGGGCCGCGCUGGGCUGCGGGCUGGCGCUGCUGGCGCGGGGGCAGCGGGCGCCGGGCGCCGGCGAGCCCUGGCGCCAGCUCAUCCAGUGGGAGAACAACGGCCGCGUCUACAGCCUGCUCAACACGGGCUCCGAGUACGUGCCCGCCGGGCACGAGCGGCCCGAGCCGGGCCCCCGCGUCCUGCUGGCCGAUGCGGCCCCCCGCCCCGCGGGCCGCCCGCCGGGCAACGUGCGCCGCCAGGCGCCCGCCCUGCCCCUCCGCCCCGGCUCCGACACCGUGCGCGGGCAGACGCGCCACCCUUUCGGCUUCGGGCAGGUGCCCGACAACUGGCGCGACGGCCCCGUGGGCGACAGCACCAGCUCGCAGCGUGCCCGCCCACCCGCCGGCCGGCAGCGCCAGGCUUCCUCCUCCUCCUCCUCCUCCUCCUCCUCCUCCUCCUCGGCGGCGGCGUCCUUCGCCUACUCCUUCGGCCAGCCGCCGUACGCGCAGGUGCCCUUCCAGCAGCCGCCCUUCGUCAGCCAGUACGAGAGCUACGAAGCGCCGCGCGCCUACGACGAGGCCUACGCCUACUACCGGGGCCCCGGCGGGGCGGCCGUGGCCUCGGCGGCGGCCGGCGCCGCCGUGCUCUACCCCUUCCAGCCCCGCGGCCGCUAUGAGGAGUACGGCGAGGAGCAGAGCCCCUACCGGGCCCAAGGCUACUACCCGGCCCCGGAGAGGCCCUACGUGCCGGCGGCGCCCCAGCCCCCGGAUGGCCUCGACCGCCGCUACUCGCACAGCCUCUACCACGACGGCGGCGAGCAGGCCUUCCCGGCCGCCGCCAGCCAGGGCGGCCCUGUCGCGGACGGCACCGACCCGCGGCCCGGCCAGCUCCCGGCCUACGGCGCGGCCGAGCCCUACGUGCCGCCGCGCGGCGUGGAGCCGCAGCCGCCCUUCCGGCCGCUGGACCCCUACGGGGCCGCGCGCCCCGAGCCCUUCCUGCCGGCCAGGAGCCCCGAGGUGCCGCAAGCGCUGCCCGACAGCCAGGCCGCCGGCCAGGCCCGCCUCAGCGUGGGCAGCGUCUACAGGCCCAGCCCGAACGGACGGGGCCUCCCUGACUUGGUGCCGGAUCCGAACUAUGUCCAGGCCUCCACCUACGUCCAGAGAGCUCACCUCUACUCCCUGCGCUGCGCCGCGGAGGAGAAGUGCCUGGCCAGCACUGCCUACACUGCCGAGGCCACUGACUACGACGUGCGGGUGCUGCUGCGGUUCCCGCAGCGGGUGAAGAACCAGGGCACGGCGGACUUUCUGCCCAGCCGUCCCCGGCACAGCUGGGAAUGGCACAGCUGUCACCAGCACUACCACAGCAUGGACGAGUUCAGCCACUACGACCUCCUGGACUCCACCACGGGGAGGAAGGUGGCCGAGGGCCACAAGGCCAGCUUCUGCCUGGAGGACACCACCUGCGACUUCGGGAACCUGAAGCGCUACGCCUGCACGUCGCACACCCAGGGCUUGAGUCCGGGUUGCUACGACACCUACAACGCCGACAUCGACUGCCAGUGGAUCGACAUAACAGACGUGCAGCCGGGGAAUUAUGUCCUAAAGGUCCAAGUGAACCCCAAAUACAUCGUCCUGGAGUCUGACUUCACCAACAACGUGGUGAGAUGCAAUAUCCACUACACCGGCCGCUAUGUUGCCACGACAAACUGCAAAAUUUCCCAAUCUUGAUCUGAGCAGGGCUGGAGGGAAGCCAUCUGCCCCAGCCUCCCAAGCUCUGCUCUGCUCUCGAGAAAGCAUGUGAGAUGGCCUCCUCCUCAACACAAGGGGCCGCGGGGCCCAUCAGCUGGUCCUCCAGCCUGCAGCUCCUCGAGACCAAAACCAGAAACCACCAAAAAGUCAUCGCUUAAUGUCGAAACGAGUGAAAUGAGAGUGACUAUUUUAAAUAUUUUUAUACUUUACUUUUCUUUAAUCUUUGUUGUUUUUGUUGUUUUCCAUUGCCUCAUGGAAGCUGAUGAUAAAUUUUAGCUGGAAUAAAGGAAGGGUUGUUAUCUGGCAAGCUGGGCCGGUAUGCUGUAGAUCACGUUUAGCAGUAGAGCGCUCUGUAGUCUAAACCAUGCCCUUCUGCAUUUCUUGGGGAAGGGGAGGUCUCUAGCAAUGCUCUAAACCCCAAACCACCUCCUCGAGGUAAGAAAACAGCUGUGAUCUGGGGGUGCUUCACUGUCAGAGCCAAAUCCUUGUCUUCUGCUGGAGGUUGGGAAACUCCUGUGGCCGUUCCAGGGUGCUUGGCCCAAACAGAGCAUCUGCACUUGGUGACUGCAGCAUCACAUUACGGUUAUUAUUGUACUUUCAGAGCAGCCACAGCCAAGACCUCAAUGAGCAGGCGCUUUCUGGAAACACCACAGAGCCAACCCCCAUCCCCAGAAGUCACCCCAAAGCAAGGUGCUGUCUCUGCUAGCCAGAGCUUUCCCCUGCUCGGGGCUGUCUCUGGCCCGCAGUGGUGCUAGUGUAGUUAAGAGCCGAAGCUGCCGGGUGAUUUAAUAUAUAUUCAGUCACCUGGGAAUCUGGUCAGCUUAACAGGGGUUUGCCCCUUCUGUUCUGUUUUUAAAAUUGGGGAAGGGUUUCUGAGCCCUUCACGUGACUGGAAAUCUGUUUUAUUAUUAUUAUUUUCACAAGCUUUAAAACCUGAAAUCAUUAAAACACGUUGCUUUUGACGGUUUGUUUUUUACCUGAGGCAAAGCCUUUCCGGGCAGCGUCCUGACCCCCAGCACCAGCUCUGUGGGGCAUUAAGGGCUUGAGACACGGAAAUGCAAUGCAAGCGAGAGCCGAAGUGCCCAGCAAGGUCCCGCUACCUCCCCUGGGACAAGGGAUGUAGGGACAGGGCUAAGAUGGACGAGUAAUUGACAGGGAGGGUGAACCUGGUGUUAGCACCCACACAGUACUGGCAGGGGCUUCCAGGCUUUGGCUCACGAGGGCCGAGGGUCGUGGCAGGGUGGUCCUGGAAAGACCCACCCAUGAUGCCUGAUGGGUGUCCUGCUGCUUACGGGUGACACAGUGCCUUUUUCUUCCAUGAGCUGACAACUGAAAUAAAAUCCUUUUCCCAUGCGAUAA